AGAAACUGAAAACAAGCUAAGACUUUUGCUCUUGCAUUACACUGACCGAGACUGGCACCUCAGCUGCACACAAUACAAUGGAAAUGCGCAGCAACUCUACGAGGCCAGGUUUCCGGAUGUGGCCAUGAUGUCAAACUCCUCCACUAGUCUGGCUGCGACAUCACGACCGUCAUGGGCAGCGUCUGCUAGUUCUAGUACGCAACCGAACGAGGGUAAACGAGGACCUGAUUUUUCUGAUGGGAACAACACCAUUCCCUUGGUUUUACACUUGUGUCAGUUAGCGGCUCAGCACGCGCACAUCCUUCUUCAAGGAGCUGCGAAAAGACUUGUUCCAGAUAGUGGUGAGCAGAAGGCGAGAAAUCUUCCAAAUCUAAGUGCUACUACAGUAUCUCCGACUAGUACAUCAGUGGUGAAGACUGCUCGCGAGUGGAUCAUUUCACAGGCAUUGUUGGCUCUCCAGGCUCUACUGGGGACACUGAGGUCCGCAACUUUCGAGGAUCUCAGCUUAGAUGUGGCUGGAGAACACGAUGGACUUCGAUGCCACGAGCUCCUGGCACGCUUUUGUGACCAGCACCUAUAUUUCCGACUCGCCUUUCAAGCUCUGAUCUCCAAGACCAGGCGUGUAGGACGUAGUUGUAUCAGUAUUAAAGGAAAUAUUACAAGCGGGCACGGGCUCGGGCAGAAGGAAGUAGAAGACGGCAGCAGCAGCCUAGGAGCGGUAGCCCUGUCAGUCUGUGAAAGUCUUGCAGGGGAGAUUCUAUGUGCCUUGCUGCAGGAUCGUGCGCAAAUGGCAAAGAAUAGCCUCACGCCGUUACUGCGAGCCUUUGUGCGAACCGUUGGGCAAGAAGAAGAAAUCGCUGGUCGUGGCAGAAGUGGCCAUCUUAUCUUGAUGCAAGCUGUAAAGGCAUUAGAAAGUAGUAGUAAAGAAAGUAGUAAUACUAGUCAAGUAGCUAGUAUUUUACUCAGCACAUCAACCACUACAACCGAUGCAACUCGUGUCCAACUUAUGGAACUGUUCUCGAACGAAAUACUUCGUUGUUAUGAUACUAAUAACCAAGAUGAAACAGAGACGAUUCGGACUGCUUGUUCUGCGUUAUUCAUGAUUGAGUCCUUCACUGCGUUACCGUUACCUGUCCCACAACCUGCCAUGUUGACACUGGUGGGCUCACCAGAAU